UACGCCACCAUUCAUAAUUAUUAUGUUUCGAGGGUACUCCACGUGGUCAAGAAAGAGAUGAAUUCCAACUAUUUCAGUCAUCAGAGGCCAUCCAGACCAAGCUACUAUCCUCCAUUCCCUCAUGGUCCACCCCCUCCACACGUCCACACUCAUUACACACCCUCAAACCCGCAAUUCCCACCUCACGACCCCAGACGACAACCCAGAAUCCAAUCUCCAUGGAAACAAGAACCAAUACCUCCCGGAAACGUCCAUCAACUUGGCUUUCAUCAACCAUUUUUCUCGCAGCAGCACGGCCCUUCGUUAAUGUUCCCACCACAAGUACCUUCAGGCAUGUCCCCAAGGCAUGGCCUAAUCCCAGCGGUUCCCCUUAUGAUGAGUCCUGGUCCUGUUCCACCAGGUCCACCAGGGUCAGUGUUUUUACCUUCUGAACCAUACGACCCUUUCGUUAGUGACUGGCUUAAGAGGGUGGGGGAGACGAGGUCAAAGGUCAUGCAACGGAAGGAGACCAACAAAGGACUCAAGAUUCCGGAGGUUCGUCUCCUUUUGUCUCGUACUGCUUACUUAGUGACAACUCUCCGCUCACUGCACUCCAGACUGACUAUGGUUGCCGAGGACGACAGUGUUACAUGGAGUGAUUUGUCAUCUCAAGUGCAGCGAUACAAGGCGGAGUUAGAGUCAUUGCGAGCUCGGCUGGGUGAGCCGGGCCUGAUUGAGCGACUGGUGAAGAAGGUGGGGAGAGUUGCAGCCAGGAGGGAGCGCUCAAAGCGUGCUAAACGUGCCAGGGAGGUGGAAAAGAGCGAGAGGAUGAGUGUGGCGGAGGAGAGAGCGGACAACUGGCUUCGAGAGAAACGGCAGGAGGAACUAAGGCACAAGACGGAGGAGUCGGUUCAGGCGAGUGCCAAGGCAGUGAUGGAGGAGGUGAAGAGGAAGCAGACUGAGAUGGGCCAACUAAAGGACUUACUCACGUCACUGGAGGCCCUCAGGGAACACAGGAAGGAGACUCGUAGAAAGGGGGAAGUCCUCCCACCAGACACGGACGAGCUAUACACGCGUCGGUACGAGACUCUCACCGACCUAUUGAGUGGUCAGCUGUCUGAGUACCAGGAGGAGGAGCACACGCUGAGGGUGCUCAUGAAGGAAGAAGUCAAAGAGAAGAUGAGCUCCCAGAUAGAUGCAGCCUUGAGUGUGGCUCUCCCUUCUUUAACUGGACCCCCUGGUGAAGGACCCCCCACGUUGUCAGACCCUCACGCUCAGUACUGGCUGCAAGCAGAGCUCAGUGAAGACUGCAAGGCGGCCAUCAGGCAAAAUUGGUCCUGUUUUGAACACCCUGAGGGCUCUCCACUGCUCACUGAGACUACCCCACCAAUAGACUGUACUCGUGCAUGGAAACAAUUCAUUUUAAAUAGCCAUCAGGAAGAACUGCGUCCUGUAUUGUGAUUUUGUGUGAUUCCGUAUUGUUGGAAGCACAGUUUUAAGAGGA